AUGUCGCUGCCGCCGAGUUCCCCUAGGCUUCCCAGCCCACCGCCCCCGGCCGAGAUCCAAUUCGGGCCCAAGUCGCCGCUCAUGGGCCCUGACGCAGCUCGCCAGGCAGCCCAGAUCGAGCAGACAGCCUUCGACACGAAUGCCAAACGGCGCAUCCACCCAGGCACCAAAGCCGCCGACAUGGCAGCCGGUCCGCCUCUCGUGGCGUUGCACGAGCUCGACUCGGCCUUCCAGCUCCAGGAACAUCUCGCUGCUCUGCACUACUACCACACGGCCAGCCACACAUCGCCAAUCACGCGCGAGACGGCCAAGCUGCUAGCAACCCCGCCAUCGGGCAUUGACAAGACGCUGUGGCUGUACGAGCUCUGCCGCUUCCUGAUUGCGCAGUGCAACAGCCUGAUCGUUGGCUUCCUGUUCGACGCUCCCCCAUGCAGCGCGCAAACCUGCCCCGAGAUGCGCGCCAGCGAGUGGCAGUUUCUGUGUGCCGUGCACGACGCGCCCAAGAACUGCUGCGCCAUCGACUACUGCUGCCACACGCUCGACUGGGCCGCCAACGUCGUGACAAAUCCCAAGAUCUUCCCCAGCCGCUUUGUCGUCGACGCCCACGACAAGAACACGGCCCUCAAAAACCUGGUGAACGUGUUUCGCCGCCUGCACCGCAUCUUUGCCCACGCAUGGUUCCAACACCGCGGCGUCUUUUGGGCAGUCGAGAGUCAGACGGGCCUCUACGUCUUCUUCAAGACCGUGUGCGAUGUCUACGACCUCCUCCCGGCCGAGAACUACAAGUUGCCGCCCGAGGCCGAAGGCCUGGACAGUUCCGUCGGGAAUGGCUUGGGGGAUGCUAGCUCAGAGAGGAGACAGUCGAACCAGCAGCAGCAACAUAUUCCACCCAUCUCCAUCGCCAAGCCGCCCGGCCAGCGCGCCGCCGACCUUGAGGAUCCGUCCAUGAGCAGGACCAACACGAGGAGGCACAUUAAGAGCAGCCCCUCGACAGGAAGCGCAGUUCCGACGGUGCUCGAGGCCGACGAGGACGACGGGACGGACCUGUCCAGCCGGCUCGGCGCGAUGCGCAUCUCAGGAGCGCCGCCGCCCACAGCAGCAGCGGCGGCGGCGGCUGCCGACGAGGAACUGGAACUGGCCAGCAUACCCGUCAUAGUGGAGCACAAGUCCCUCCCGUCAGCCGAGCAGCCAACACGACCGUCUAGCGUGAUUCCGCCCGUGCCUGCGGCGGAGAAGAGUGGAAAACCCGUGCACGAGCCGGCGCCCGUUGAGGCAGGGUCCUUGUCAGCGCAAGAAGCCGAGGCGGCAGUUGCCGAAGCCGGCUCAGACCCAGACAUGAGACCCGCUGAUUCUCAGGACGGGGCCGAAUCCACGUCCAGAUCCGAACCACCUGAGUCUCUUGCGCCCGAAGCCAAGUUUGAGGUCGAGACCAAAGCAGAAGCAGAGGCAGAAGCAGAGGCAGAGGCAAACCAAGAGGAAACGUACCCCGCCGGGCCGGCCGAGGCCCAGCAAGGUGCCGCCGAGCAGACAGUUCACAAUGAUUCAACUAAAGUGGCCUCCGUUGAGCAGGGCGAAGGUGACGAAAGCCAGACGGCCGCGUCCGGUUCGAUUUCUCACGACCAGACAAUGGCCCCAGUAGCAGAGAGAUCCCCUCCCGCCCAAGACGUCUCAACCGUCGCCGCAACCGAUGGGGAAGAACCGGCGCAAGUGACUCUUGCAGCAACAGAGGAGGCUGUGGAGGACCCUGCUGUUGGGACUGCGACUGCAAUGUCCGACAGAGAGGGCGGCGUGGCGGCGGCCCAAGUGGAGGAACAGGAGAAGAAGGAGGAUGAGGACGGGCAGAAGAAGGAAAAGAGUAGUGCUGACGACGAUGAUGAUAAACAGAGUCAGAAGGAGACUGAGGAUAGGGCAGAUUAG